AUGGGCCUGGAUGGCUGCCCCUUAAAUGUGAUAAUACUGCUGUGGUGCGCGCUGGUGAUGUCUGGCUUUUCGUUUGAGAUCGGCUCGUACGACUUGGAACGCGACAGACCAGCGAAGUGCGAGCCCAUCGUGAUCCCCAUGUGCCAAGGGAUCGGCUACAACCUGACCCGAAUGCCCAACUUCAUGAACCACGAUAACCAGAAAGAAGCGGAGAUCAAGCUGAAUGAAUUUGCUCCUCUUGUGGCGUAUGGCUGCGACGUGCAUCUCCGCUUUUUCCUCUGCUCUCUCUACGCCCCCAUGUGCACGGACAAAGUGUCAACCUCCAUCCCCGCCUGCAGGCCCAUGUGUGAGCAGGCGCGGGAGAGAUGUGCCCCUAUUAUGAAGAAGUUUAGCUACACCUGGCCAGACUCGCUGGACUGUUCCAAGCUGCCCACCAGGAACGACCCCAACGCGCUGUGCAUGGAAGCUCCAGAGAAUGAGACCAGGGUGGUGGAGGGCAAGAAGGGAGAGGGCAUGCUUCCACUCCCUCGCCCUCGCCAAACCGGGGCCAAUACUAACCGCUCUCCCGGCAGCAUGGGCUCCUGUGAGAACCCUGAUAAGUUCCAGUUUGUUGAGAAGAGCCAGUCCUGUGCCCCUCGCUGCUCGCCUGCUGUGGAUGUGUACUGGUCCAAGCAGGAUAAGGACUUUGCGUUUAUUUGGAUGACAGUGUGGUCCAUACUGUGUUUUGUCUCCACUGCAUUCACUGUCCUGACUUUCCUCCUGGAGCCACACAGAUUCCAGUACCCUGAGCGACCCAUCAUCUUCCUCUCCAUGUGCUAUAACGUCUACUCUGUGGCUUUUAUCAUUCGCUCCGUGGCUGGUGCUGAGAAUAUAGCGUGUGACCGUGAAUUAGGAGAGCUGUACAUCAUCCAGGAGGGGCUGGAGUCCACGGGGUGCACCAUCGUCUUCCUCAUCUUGUACUACUUUGGCAUGGCCUCAUCCAUCUGGUGGGUGAUCCUAACCCUCACCUGGUUUUUGGCUGCAGGGAAAAAGUGGGGUCAUGAGGCUAUAGAGGCUCACAGCAACUACUUCCACAUGGCAGCGUGGGGCAUCCCUGCACUGAAGACCAUCAUCAUCCUCACUAUGAGGAAGGUGGCAGGGGACGAGCUCACAGGGCUGUGCUAUGUGGGCAGCAUGGACCCCGGGGCAUUGACAGGCUUUGUCCUUAUACCUCUGUCCUGUUACCUGGUCAUCGGCACCUCCUUCAUUCUCACUGGUUUUGUGGCUCUCUUCCACAUUCGCAAAGUCAUGAAAACUGAGGGCACCAACACAGAGAAGCUUGAGAAACUCAUGGUGAAAAUUGGCAUCUACUCCAUCCUGUACACAGUGCCAGCCACAUGUGUGAUAGUCUGUUACUUCUAUGAAAGACUCAAUAUGGACUACUGGAAGCUCAGAGGACGACAAAUGAAGUGUGGCUCUUUUAACAGCCACAACAGUGACUGCUCGCUGCAGAGCUCUGUGCCCACUGUGGCAGUGUUCAUGCUGAAGAUCUUUAUGUCUCUGGUGGUGGGCAUCACUAGUGGAGUGUGGGUCUGGAGCUCCAAGACCCUGCAGACCUGGCAGGGCCUGUGCAGCAGAAAGCUGACUGACAGGACUAGUAACAGAAAGCCAUGCAACAGUGUGAGCUGCAGUAGUACUCAGUGCCACUACAAGUCUCCUGCUGUGGUCCUGCACAUGGCAAAGACUGAGCUGCACUCAGACAGCCCCACACACGUCUGA